CUCUUGACCACCGUGCGGGGAUUCACAUACCAAGGACGCAUGCACCACCUAUCCACCACCUAUCCACCACCAGCAACAGGGAUGGGCGGUAUCACUUGGCAGAAAAGCUUGGAAAAGGUGCCAGAUGAGCAUGACUUGACUACACUUGCUCUGCUCUGCUCAGUACUCAGUUUACUCUACUCUACUCUACUCUAGACUGCCGAUUGUUUCACAGAGUACGGCAACGUUUUGGCGAGAGCAACGGCAAGUGCUACCCUAUCCGCUUCGGGUACUCUUAGCCUAACUUGGGAGUAUGGGUAUGUUCAUCAAAGUCCCUGAGUGCCCGGAAUCCUUGUCAGUCCAGUCUCCACUCACGCAGACAGAGAGAUUCUCUCCACUGAUACUUUCAACUGAUACUCCGAAAUCAGUAAACGAAGGGAUACAGUACUUCCAUCUUCCCGCAAACCACACCCGCUCCGCCAUGUACCGCCUUCUCUCUCUUCACUCUCUUUUCCACUCUCCUCCCUCAUACAAACUCUCUCCCAUGCUCACUCACUCACUCCGAUUCCCACCCAAUUCAAUACUUCCCCUCCCUCCUAUAUCUCAUACACCCUCCUGUACCCCCCUCCCACUCUCACAUACCUCCCAUACCUCCCAUCCCCCUCCAUCCCCCUCCAUCCCCCUCUCAAUUACUCUUCCGAGCAUAGUCAUCAUAAGUUCGCCCCUAAUAGCGUCCCCAGAAUACCCAUCCUUUUAGCGUCCCCAGCUUCUCCAAUUCCUCACACCCACCUCACUUACCCACCCCCACCCGCCAACUUUAAGGCCUGCCCUUUCUUCCCCUUCUUCCCUUCUUCUCCCCUUCCCUGCCUUCCCUUCCCGUGCUGAUCGAAAAGGGACAAACUUUUUCCUGCUCAUCCCCAACUGCUGCUCUCUUCCUCUUUGUCUUCGUCUUCGUCUCUUCUUCUGAACAAUCCAAUCUCCAGACAGACGACACCGACAAAAGCAGCAGGAGCACCACCACAAUCACAAUCACAACCACCAAAGCAACAACAGCAAUGAUUGAAAAACUCCAAACCCCCACCGCCUUCACCGGCCGACUCCCGCGCCAGAUCCAGCGCGCCCUCCCCGUCUACCUCGCCUGCAUCCUCAUCAUCUUCAUCAUCUCGCACGCCGACUCCCUCGGCGCCCCCCUGCGCGUCGCAAAGCGUGGCUUCUCCCACCAGCAGCCCCUCGCCCUCGCCACCAAGUUCCCCCGCAAGAUCUGGCAGACGUGGAAGGUCGACCCGCUCGGCUUCGAGGAGCGCGACUCUUCGUGCGCGCGCACCUGGACGUCGAAGAACCCAGGGUACAGAUACGAGGUGCUGACAGACAGCAACGACCUCAUGUACGUUGAGUCGCACUACGGGCCAGCGGGCCUCAACCGCCCGGACAUCGUCGAGACCUACCGCUCGCUCACCGCCAAGAUCAUCAAGGCUGAUUUAUUGCGGUAUCUGGUCAUGUACGUGGACGGCGGGUUGUACACCGACAUCGACGUCGAGGCGCUCAAGCCCAUCGACUCCUUCAUCCCCGACCGCUACAAAGAGGGCGACAUCGACAUGGUAAUCGGCGUUGAGAUCGACCAGCCCGAGUUCAAGGACCACGCCAUCCUCGGCCCAAAAUCCCAGUCCUUCUGCCAAUGGACUUUCAUGGCCAAGCCCGGCCUGCCCGUCAUGCUCCGCCUCGUCGACGGCAUCUUGUUGUGGCUCCAGGGACUCUCCGAAACGCAGGGCGUGCCAAUCUCCCAACUUCAACUCGACUUCGACGAGGUCAUCUCCGGCACCGGCCCGUCCGCUUUUACUUCGGCGAUUCUAGCUGAGAUCUCCGCAGGCGCAGGACACGCAGUAACAUGGGACUCCUUCCACGCCAUGCGCGAAAGCAAACUCAUCGGCGGCGCCCUCGUCCUCACCGUCGAAGCCUUCGCCGCAGGACAAGGCCACUCCGACUCCGGGAACCACAACGCCCGCACCGCGCUCGUGAAGCACCGGUACCACGCCUCCGGCUGGCCGACCGUGCACCCGCGCUACAGCCACCCGGUGUAUGGGGAGGUGGAGAGGUGCAAUUGGGAUAUCCAGUGCAUUCAGCUGUGGGACGCGAAUACGGCGGCGUUUAAGGCGUUGUCGAUAGAGGAGCAGGCGAAGAUGGUGGCGAUUAAGGAGGUGGGGGAUGCGCAGAAGGCGGCGGCGGCGCUGGCGGCUGCGGCGUCGUAGGGGGGGUGAAGGGGAAGAGAUGGAGUGAGAGUGGGUGGUGGAGAGAGGAGGCAUGCGGGACUGUGUCUAGCUGCCUCGUUCAUGAGCGAGAGAGCCCUGGGAACCUGCCAUUUCUGCGAGAUGCCAGCUGGCUGUGACUAUGUCCAGAGAGGGGAUACUUAGAUGAGAUUGGGAUGGAUGGAUGGGUUGAAUCUUUUUUUACACGCGGAGUCUGGGGAUGGCGGAGGGGAAGGGGGAUAGAUAGAUGGUCUUGUCUAGUCUGGUUUGGAUCUGGAUGGAGUAGGGCGUUUGUUUUUCACAUAUACGGGUUGAUUGGCAUUUUCUGGCAUCGGAAG